CAAAUGCCUAUCGAGCUCACAUACAGAAGAAGCUCAUCAGCAUGUGGUCCAGGGGCGCCUUCACUGAGAUCCCUGGCUGCUUUGACCAGUCAUUGACCUGUGAAGAGCAUGAAAGUCUGGAAGAGUAUUUCACUCCAAGGGUACCCAGGAGGCCUCGCACGGUCGUCCUCCGCGCAUUACAAAGAAUGGGGAAAACGAGGUUCCUGAUGAAGGUGAUGCUGGCCUGGUCAGACGGUACCCUCUAUCGGGACAAAUUCUCUUUCAUUUUCUACUUAUGCUGCCGAGAAUUGAAGCAGCUGAGGGUGACCAGCCUGGCCGGGCUCAUGUCCAGAGAAAGGCCCGAUGACUCUGUCCCCUUGGCGGACAUCGUGGCCCAACCAGAGAGGAUCCUGUUCAUCAUCGACAGCUUAGAGGAGCUGCAGUGCACCCUGACAGAGCCCGAGUCGGAGCUGUGCCAUGACUGGAGGGAGGAGCGUUCAGUGAAGACGGUCCUGAGCAGCCUGCUGAGGAGGAGGAUCCUCCCAGAGUCCGCUCUGCUCCUCGCUGCCAUGCCCAUGCGCCCAGAAGCUCUGGAGAGCAAGCUGGACCACCCCAACAUGCAAGAUCUCAAAUGCUUCCAGGACAGCCACGUGAAGCAGUACUUCUGCUGCUCGUUUGAAGACAGGGGCCGAGCCCUGGCAGCCUUCAGCUUGGUGCGAAACAAUGAGCAUCUCUUCACCAUGUGCCACGUCCCCCUCCUCUGCUGGAUGGUGUGCACCUCUCUGAAACAGGAGAUGGAGCGCGGGAGGGACCUGGCAGCCACCUGCUGCAGGUCCACCUCUGUGUUCCUCUCUUUCAUGUUUCAAGCGUUCACACCCAAGGGCGCUCCUCGUCCCAGCCAGCAGGGCCAAGGCCUGCUGAAGGCGCUGUGUUCCCUGGCCGCGGAGGGCAUGUGGACCGACACGUGGGUGUUUGGCGAAGAGGAGCUCAGGAGGAACGGGAUAGCGGACACUGACACCCCCACCUUGCUGGACCUCAGGCUCCUCCGGAAGUACAGCGAGUCUGGGAGCUCCUACUCCUUCAUCCACAUGUGCAUGCAGGAGUUCUGUGCCGCCAUGUACUACCUGCUGGACAGCCCCCGCGACCACCCCAGCCGGGCCGUGAGGCCCAUAGAGGCACUGCUGCCCACGUACUUCAGGAAAGACAGAGCAAGCUGGGUGUUCCUGGGCUGCUUCCUGUUUGGCCUCCUCCAUGAAAGUGAGCAGCAGAGGCUGGAU